AUGAAUCAAAUGCUGUGCACAGUUAGUAAUGGCUUUUUUUUUCUUGCUUGCUUCUUUUACAGGUUUCUUGGUGUUACACAGUUUUCUCCUACUCAUGCCAGAAAAGCCUUUCCUUGCUUUGAUGAGCCCAUCUACAAGGCCACUUUCAAAAUCAGCAUCAGGCAUCAAGCAACUUACUUAUCUUUGUCCAACAUGCCAGUUGAAACUUCUGUCUUUGAAGAAGAUGGAUGGGUUACAGAUCACUUUUCACAGACCCCGCUCAUGUCCACAUAUUACCUAGCUUGGGCAGUGUGCAAUUUUACAUACCGAGAAACUGUCACCAAGAGUGGAGUAGUUGUACGGUUAUAUGCAAGGCCUGAUGCAAUCCGAAGAGGAUCGGGGGACUAUGCUCUAAAUAUUACAAGGAGACUCAUUGAAUUUUAUGAAGAUUAUUUUAAAGUGCCCUAUUCUCUGCCAAAAUUAGAUCUGUUAGCUGUGCCUAAGCAUCCAUAUGCUGCUAUGGAGAACUGGGGACUGAGUGUUUUUGUGGAGCAAAGGAUACUGCUAGAUCCAAGCAUUUCUUCUAUAUCAUACCUCCUGGAUGUCACCAUGGUCAUUGUACAUGAGCUAUGUCAUCAGUGGUUUGGUGACCUUGUGACUCCAGUUUGGUGGGAGGAUGUGUGGUUGAAAGAGGGUUUUGCUCACUAUUUUGAAUUUGUUGGGACAGACUACCUCUACCCAGGGUGGAAUAUGGAAAAGCAGAGAUUUCUGACAGAUGUCCUGCAUGAAGUGAUGUUGCUGGAUGGUUUGGCAAGUUCACAUCCAGUAUCCCAGGAGGUGCAGCAAGCCACAGACAUUGACAGGGUGUUUGACUGGAUUGCCUAUAAAAAGGGUGCAGCUCUAAUUCGAAUGCUGGCUAACUUUAUGGGUCACUCUGUGUUUCAAAUGGGCUUACAAGACUAUUUAACCAUUCACAAGUAUGGCAAUGCAGCCAGAAAUGAUCUCUGGAACACAUUGUCAAAGGCUUUAAAAAGGUUCGGAAAAUCUGUAAAUAUCCAAGAAGUAAUGGAUCAGUGGACACUGCAGAUGGGUUAUCCUGUUAUCACUAUCUUGGGAAAUGAAACUACAGACAAUGUCAUAGUGAUCUCCCAAGAGCGUUUUGUUUAUGAUAGUAAUGCUAAACCCAAGGAUCCUGCCCGUGGAGACAACAGCUACUUGUGGCAGAUUCCAUUAACAAUUGCAGUAGGAAAUACGAGCCACAUCUCAUCAGAGGCAAUUAUAUGGGUGUCUAACAAAUCAGAACACCACAGAAUUCCUGCUUUGGAAGAGGCAAGUUGGUUGCUGGGGAACAUCAAUCAGACUGGCUACUUUAGAGUUAAUUAUGAUAUUAGGAAUUGGAGGCGGCUAAUUAAUCAGCUGACAAGGAACCAUGAGGUUAUCUCUGUCAGUAAUCGAGCAGGCUUGAUCGAUGAUGCAUUCAAUCUAGCCAGAGCUGGUUACUUACCUCAGAAUAUUCCUUUGGAGAUUAUCAGAUACCUUUCAGAGGAGAAGGAUUUUCUGCCUUGGCACGCUGCCAGCCGAGCUCUUUAUCCUCUAGAUAAAUUGCUGGACCGCACAGAAAACUACAACAUCUUCAAUGAGUAUAUUUUAAGACAAGUUGCAUCAAUGUAUCUCAAGCUUGGAUGGCCAACGAAUAAUUUAAACAAAUCACUUGUUCAAGCAUCAUACCAACAUGAAGAGUUGCGUCGGGAAGUCAUCAUGCUGGCCUGCAGCUUUGGUAACAAACACUGUCACCAGCAGGCUGCAACGUUAAUCUCAGAUUGGAUUUCUAGCAACAGAAACCGAAUCCCACUCAAUGUGAGAGACAUUGUCUACUGUACAGGAGUUUCACUGAUGGAUGAAGAUGUAUGGGAGUUCAUCUGGAUGAAAUUUCAUUCUACCACAGCAGUGUCUGAGAAGAAAAUAUUAUUAGAAGCCUUAACUUGCAGUGAUGACAGAAACUUGCUGAACAGGCUUUUGAAUUUGUCUCUCAACUCAGAAGUUGUCCUGGAUCAAGAUGCAAUUGAUGUGAUAAUCCAUGUAGCUCGAAAUCCACAUGGAAGGGAUCUUGCUUGGAAGUUUUUCAGAGAAAAAUGGAAAAUAUUAAAUGCUAGAUAUGGGGAAGCAUUAUUUAUGAAUUCAAAGCUUAUCAGUGGUGUCACAGAAUUCCUCAAUACCGAAGAAGAACUAAGAGAGCUAAAGAACUUUAUAAAGAGUUAUGAAGGGGGAGCUGCUGCCUCUUUCUCUCGUGCCGUGGAAACAGUGGAAGCCAAUGUGCAGUGGCAAAGGCUUUAUAAGGAAGAACUAUUCCAGUGGCUAAGAAAAUCCUUGACACACUAAUCUGUCUUUCCAGCCAACCAUUUAAUAUGAAGCUCUGCAAGAGGAAGAGGAGACAUUUUAGAAAUGUUCAACAUUAAAAUCAUGAAGACAAGAUCAGAUUGCAGGGAUAAGUUUUUGGGGUUUUUUUAAGUUGUGGAAUUAUUUUUUUUUUACACUGAGCUCUUGUGAAAUUGUCAAGAAGCUUUUCAGAAGAUCAUGAAUGCUUGUUUUCAUUCCAGUCCUCAGUGUACACAACCAAACGUGAUACUAAGUGGUGCAUGUAAAUGUUGAAGAAAAACAAACAAAAAAAACUUCAAAGACUGUUUUGUGCAUGCUUGUACCGUCCCUGCCUGUAUUCUAGCAUGCUUAUGUAUAACAGCCACAUUUUGUAUGUGAGUUCCAGUUACAUCAGAUGGGCAUUAUACAAAGCACAAAGACUAUCUAUGACAAUCAGUGUUGCAAUGAACAAAAGGAGAACAAGGAAAAGGAAAUGCAGAAGGCUUCCAGCUUGGGGCAGUAUGAGAUGCAAAAUCAAGUUUCUCUCUAGCUGCCAAUUAGUCUACCACUCAGAUUGUCUCUUAAUGAUUACAAAGAUGCCAGCUCAUUUUUUGAGUUGCCAGUUCUAUCUUCAGUCUCCAUAUUCCCAUAUUUAAAUAAGUGGAAUAUAUAGAGAGGAGAAAGAGAAAGGCGGGGGUGGGGGGGUAGAAAAUGAGAAGAACAUCACCCAUGCAUUAUAAUCAUAUAGAUUUAUUCACUACUGAUCAGUGGAACAGUGUAGUUUUAGCUGUGAACGUAUGCAGUGUUGAAGGGGAACUUUACAGAACUUUACAGAAUCCAUGAACCACCUCUUCUCAGCUCUUUUACAAGGCAGUGAUACUCACCACAGGUCAACCAACCUGUGCAGUAGUAAGUUACACAGCUGAUAGUGCACAAAUAUUAUAAAUAAAUGUAAGAUUCAAAUGGAAAUUAGCAAAAAGGGAGAAUAUCUUGCAUGCCAAGACAUGAAAUUACCUAAGAGGGCUGUCUUGCACAUGGUAGACCAGGCUCUGUAGAUAUUUUUUGCAAUAGACAUGUCAAAUUCUCAAUGUGGGCAAUACUUUUGCAAAUACGGGAUGUACUGUUUAUGCCAACUUAAAAAACUGAAAUAUGGAGAAAGGGGAGGGAGUGUUUAUCUGUACUGGCUAAUACUAAGAGCACUGUUUUCUUUCCGUUUAUUUGUAAUUCACGUAGACCGUUGUAGAUAAGUGAUGCUAUUCUUGAUCAUAGGUUUGUUUCUUUUUUCUCAAUCCUUAAUCUGAAAAAUCAGUGACACAGUGGAACUGCUGUUUGUACAAUGGCUGUCUGCACCAUUGGUGCUAAGUGUUGAGGUUAAAACUGAUGGAGGCCAAAUACUCUCUCAUGUCUACACGUGGAGAAAAAAACCCACAAAACCAUAGAGAGUUUUCAGGAGACAGAUUGUAGCAGCUUCAGAGGGGGAAUGUAGAUGUAUGACAGUGGUUUUUUAUCCCAUCCCAGCCUAUCACAAUUAUCUUACCACAUCAUGGCCAUGUGCACUGGGAACGUGUGGCCAGCCAAAGCCAUUUUAUCUGGUUGUUUCCUUCACAAGGUAUGGAAGUUACCAACAUGCUUUAUGGUUGCAGUUGCUUAUCCUCAGUAAGUUGUAAAUUGAAAUGUGAGUGCAAAAAGAACCGAACACAAGCAUCUUCAGAUAUUGUCAGAGUUCUGUGGAGACAGUAUUGGUUUUUGGACUCUCAUUCCCAUGCUAAUCUGCUCCUCAAGAACUGAUAGACACAUCCCAUAACUAAACUGUUGUACCCAUCCUGAGCCUGUCAUUUGUGUCUUUUUCUGUGCAGAGGGUGCUGUUUGUGGAUUGGGUGCAUGAAAUCCUUGUGUGGGCAUUUUCUUCACUGUUCGGUGCUGUGUAGUAAUGUAUGUUAGCUUGACCACAUGUAACCAUAGGAGGGAACCAUGUGCUCUUGUACUGUUAACUAUUUGCCUUAUAGAAAGCCCUAAACCUUUCUGCUGUGUUGCAAAGCUAGGGAGCCUAAUGCCCAGAGAUAUUAUCAUGUCCCAGUUGAGGGAAACCCUCCUCCUCUUAUGUAUUUCACCUACCUCACAGAGGUGUUGUGAGGCUUGACUAAAGUUAGCAAAGCACUUGAAUAUCCUCUGAUGAAAUGCGUUUAAAAGUGUUAAGUAUUAUUGAUGUGGUUGACCAAAUUCAACCUCAAUACCAGUAUGUAGCGUCACAUUUUUAAUUUCUACUGAAAAAAAUGACAUGCAGAUUUAUUAUAAUAAAAAAGCAAACCAAAUAUUAUUUAAUAUAACCUCUACCCUGUAAUGAAGGCCAAAAUUAUGAUAUCCAAAGAGUGUGCAGAAAACUAAGCCUUCAAAUGUGAAUUGCUUUGAGGAUUUAAUAGAAAAGAAGCAUGCGUAAUGGUCUGCCCCUCUGCAAUUUUGUUAAAGAUUGUCUUUGAUUACUUUUCUUUAUCAACACCACAGAUUAAACCACAUACCUCUAGGAUGCGCACGGAAAUUUCUGGUCUUUCCGUUGAUAAAGGGCAGGCUAACAAUAUGUUCCAAAGUCAAAAGUUUAUUUCAGCCUAUGUAUUCUGCACAGUGCACAGAAAUUUCCACUGUUGCUCAUUUGAAUUGAAGUUCUUGCAUUUAACUGCUGUUGGAUGUAAGUUAAUAAUUUAGUGGCCUUGAGCAACUAGUCUACUACAGAUAUCAAGCACUAAAUGUAUCUAUUACAUAUACUUGUUGAUGUAUUGCUUAUAAUCGUUGUUUUCUGAUAAUGUUGAUAUUACUGCUAUAGCUAAGGUUGAGCUGGCCUUUCCAUUAUAAUUCCCUAUUAUUUUAUUUUUUAUAUUUUGUAUUUUGCUGUUUCACACUGAAUAAGGUUUAAAUUUAAAUGGAUUAAAUCCAACAAGACUAUAGCUGUUUCUACAAUAUUCAAUGCACCCGCAUUUAAUUAUAUGUCUUUAGAAACUUCUUUUAAUAAGAAGUUUCACACAGCUGUGUGUUAAGGAAUAGUUGAUACCUCACGGAAAACUCUAAUACAGUCUGCUUAGAAAAAUCUAUUUAUCUUAUUGAUUUUCUUUCUCCUUUACCAGUCCUUUUCUUCCUUUGUCCUUAUCUAAAGAUGGGCCCCGUUUUUAUAAUUUGGAUUGUGAUUAGGAAGCCAAAUAGCCCCAACUUUUCAGCAUUUUCAAGUCUGGGAUUUAAUUUUGUUCUUUCUAGUGAGAGGAGAUGCUACAAAAUGUGGAUCCAGCAUGGAUGUGGACCUCACCUAGGUCCUGGGCGUAAUUUUGUAGAGAUUUAAUGAGGCCUCUAUCUCUAAUCAGCUUUUGUAUGACUCAGGAUCCUUUGCAGUUAUUAAUUGAUAUGGCUUACUAAAUCACAUAGGAAGACAUGUGAAUAGACAUGAUUUUAUGCCAGCAUAACAAUAUACCUGUUGUAUUUUUAUAACAUUGUCCACUACAAAAAUCUCAGCCUAUUACUUUGUAGCUGAUAGAAUUAUUCAUGUAUCCACUGCUAAUAGCUGUUAAAAUUACAGUAGCUACUCAUCGUGACUAUGGCAGAACAAUGUGAAAAAUUCUUCUGAAAUAAAAUGUCACUUCUGCUAUUACUGGGAGUACUUGGACAUUGAUUUUGAUGAAAAAAACUUCAUGUGUCCUUAAGUACAUCUAAAUUUAUGACCUUUGAUGAUCUUUUCAGUGAAUACAGCAAGAAUUCCAAUACUGUAUUGGAACCUGAAGAUGAGUAUUGUGUAGCUUUUGGGUUGUUUUGGAUAUUUCACUGAGCUUUGAGUGUCAGAGGAAAUAUCUCCAUUGAUGCAGAAGGGUGCUUUCACAGCAAAGGUCCUGAACCAUACAAUUAAACCCGUAGUAGUAAAAAAUAAAAAAAUUAUAUAUAUGUAUAUAUUCAUGUGAAAAAUCCUCUGUAGAGAUAAUUUUUCCAUACAAUGUCAGUAAGUCUGAUUAUUUGGAUGAAAUGAAGCCAGUAUUUGCAAAUGGGUGUGACUUUGUUUAGAUACCUACAUAAUAAGAUUUUGAUUUUUCACAUGAUUAUAGCCAAUACUGAAGUAAAUUAAAAUAGACUUUUUAUCAAAUGUGUAACUUUCUCUGUGAGGAAAAGGGAUGCGAUUUUGAAACCUGUUUAUGUAUAUAUCAUCUUACCACCACUCCUGUUAUGGGUACUCACCAUAUGAGGCUGCCUGUCCUAAGCAGGGUUUAUAGCCACAGUGUCAGUAUGAGCAUGGAGGAGUAAAAGGACCAUCCUGCUUCUGAGCAGCCUGAAUAGAGGCGGUUUGCCCACCACUGCCGUCAGCCCACCCGGGUCAGGAAGGCAGUUGGGAACCACAAGUGCAGAGAGGCUUCACCCAAGCUUCUCUCAGCUAGGCAGGAGGGUCAGAACACCCCUCUGCUGGUUAUGGGUUGUGGGUGAUCUUCAGAGAUUAGUGUCAUCGAUUUGUGCUAGCAGGAAACAAAGGUCCAGCUAGUCAGCCCGCAUUGCCCAGAGAAACCUAAAUCCCUGAGCUCUGGUCAACCCAAUUGGAAAAUGUUCACCAAAAUGCUUGUAAAGGUCUAGAAUACUAUAAUGUCCAUUCUUCAGAAGUCAUUUCAAACAGUCUAAUAUUUUGAAUUUUCAGGUAUGUGUAAGAACACAGUUUUUUGCUUUAUCAUAUUUUUCUUAAUAUUUAAAAAUGGGCCAUGAGUUUCUUGGGCCUUUUUCUAACAAAUGUUUUGGAACGAUAUCACAGCAAAUUAUUUGUGGUAAUAAUAGUAGUAAUAGUAGUUGCUGUACUAAUGCAGAUGCCUGUGCAAACCUGUAUGGCACUAGUGACUGUGCAGUUCCUGUUUUACAUACAAAAUUGUAAAAAAAAAGGCCGCUUUGUUUCUCAGUAUGACUGUGGAUGCUUCUACUUGUCUUAAAACCAAUAUGGAUACCCAGUGAAAUCACUCUGACGUGAGCAAGGAGUCCAUGCUGGCAUGAGUAAUGUAGUUUUCAAUGAGAGGGAAGGGGACAAAGGGACUGCUUUGUGUAAGGAUUUUUUACCAAAAUAAGGCCACAUGCCCUAGUUGGAGCAGAAUUUUAAAAUCAAGUGUACUUUGAAGAAGCUGGUUAUACUUAGUUCCAUCUUGUGUCUUUGCUGACAGUGGAGGGUAGCUUUACUUCAGAAUACCCCUACAUGGUAGCACAGUUGAGGUCGGAUUUUAUAAAAGACAUGGAACUGGUUUCAUUGAGAUGUGUUAAAGGAGAAUCACCAACAUCAGCAAGUGCUGUGGAUCAGUCCCAAUGUCUUUUCUCAGAAAAAAAAGGCAUUUAUAUUUGGCCGAUCUGUAACUAGUGAAGUAAGUGUGACAGGGCCAAAUGGUAUUUUUGAAUUCUUUGCUUAUUUUACGUGCAUCAUUUCCUAACAAUAUCAAAGCGAUGUUGGUAGAGAACAUAGAGGUGAGCAGCGUUGUGAGAGCAGAGGGGACUGUGCUGCAGCAGGCAGUAAUGAGCCAGGAGGCUUUAGCCAGAGUGCCCUGACACUUCUUGGACAUCAUCGCUUGGAUUUGCCUGAUAUGGACAGCCUUAUUACAACGGAUGAGGCCAAGAGCCAAGAUACAGUCUCAGUUCUCUGCGAUACAUUUCAGUCCACUUAAUAUGUUCUUUUCUGUAUUUUCAAAAUAACCUGUAGCCAAACAGAGGACACACAUGUGGCUGCAAAUGCUCUGUUGGUGCACAGUGAGGUAGAUCCGUUGAAGUGACUGAUACGAAUUGCAUCUGAGGAUCUAACCCAUUGCUUUCAAAAGAGCUCCCUGAGGUGAUGGCUGGGCUGCUGUACAGAAUGUUUUGCAUAUUUGUAUCUAUGUUUCAGUAGCACAUACUGAUGACAAAUGUUUUUUGUUUUACUUUUGCGUUUUGUUAGAAUAAUACUUUGCAAUCGUUUCCAAGUGAUAAAGCUCUAUAAUAUGUUUGGAGAACUGCAAAAAACUGUGCUGUGAAGGGUGUGGCUACUACCCUCUCUUUUUCCGCAAACAGUAGAUUUCAGCAGAGAUGGACUUCCCUGGACUUAGAGACGCUGUGAAAAAAAAAUGUUCUGACAGUUUCUAAUGAAAACAUCAUUGUAAUUACUGUAUAACUAUCCUGUACAAAGGCAGCUUUGUUAUAUGUGUAAAUGUAAUUUUGCUAUGUUGGUUUUAUGUUUGAGGGACAAUAGGCUUUGAUGUGGAUGAGACGUAUAGCCUUAUAAAAACAGAGAUUGUAGCUCCCUGUCUGAUGUUUUACUGAAAGGUGUUUAGUUGCUCUAUUUUUGCAGAAGAUAAACAUAAACCAGUUCCCUGAAAACUAGUGAUCUAUUCCACUACACACAGGUCAAUGACAUAAAUGGAUCAUACUAUUGAAAAUAAAGGCUUGAUAAGAAGUUACAUUAUUUUCCCAAGAAACUCCACAUGUAAGAUCUUUUGACACCUUAAGAAGAAAGAAGUCCUGCAACUAUUAAUGCUGAUUAUAAUGGAUGAGUCCCCCUAUUAAGUCUGUCUCAGCCUUAGAUUAAUUCUGAAUACUGUAAUUAAAGGAACAUAUUUUUCCAUCACUUCUCAGAUCUGUACUCUUUGGAAUUCAGUUCUUUGUCAAAUAAGAGGUGGAGCUGGGUCAGUUUAGAUACAGUUCCCCAAUGGUUUCACACAAGCGUUUGCAAGAUCAGAAUGCCAUUUUCAUUUAAAGGAAGUCUAGAUCAUUUCAUAAUGUCACAGUUCUCUAUGUAGCAUAUAUACAUGCAUGUAUAGCUUCUAAUUCUGGACAACUUUGCUUUG